AAGCCAGAGGGGGGCAGUGCAACCUGAAGGACGGCAACUGUCGUGAAACCUUGAAGCAGAAGAAGAAGAAGGAAAAAGAAGAGAAGGAGGAGUAUCCCCUGUUUCAAGCGUAAUAUUGAAUCCAUAUCUAAUAUAUAGUUAAAGGUCCAUGGUAAUAUCUCGAGGAAACACUAUAGUCGCAGGUAUCGUGCUUUGGACGAAACUUGGAUAUCACCAGCCUGCACCGGUCAGCGCUGUAGAGUAAACGAAAGGAACAGUGUGUUGACAAGGCUGCGUUCGCUUGUCCCAUGCAGUGACGCCACUGCGUUCACAUAGUAUAGAUAGCUGGACAUUACUAACAGUCAGUGGCGUAGAGGCGUGAACGUUGGUAACAUUAGCUUGUAGACAUUUCAAAAGCCAAGGGGCCAAGAUGCAAGAGGAUUAUCUGUGAGCAACGACCCUCAUCCACGGGAAAGGUGAGGAAACAACAGAUAACCAAAGGAAAAGUCCAAUCUUCGAUAUAUCUUGCAGGUGAGUGCCAUGUCUCUGGUUUUCCCAAGACCCAACACUAACGCAGUCCACGGCAAGAAAGAUAAGAGACUGAUGGCGGAAGUGAAUGCAUCGCCGCUGAAACAUUUUGUCACAGCAAAGAAGAAGAUCAACGGGAUCUUUGAACAGUUGGGGGCCUACAUCAAGGAGAGUGCUUCCUUUCUGGAAGAUACUUACAAAAAUGAAGAACUGGACCCAGUCACCACAGAGGAGCAGGUCCAGGAGGUCCGUGGUUACCUCGCAAAGGUUGCAGGGAUUGGAGAAGUGCUCGCCCGCAGGCAUAUGAAGGUGGUCUUCUUUGGGAGGACAAGUAAUGGGAAGAGCUCGGUGAUCAAUGCCAUGCUGUGUGACAAGGUUCUGCCAUCUGGCAUAGGACACACCACCAACUGCUUCCUGAGGGUGGAGGGCACAGAUGGCAACGAGGCCUUCCUCCUCACUGAAGGCUCUGAGGAGAGGAAGAGCAUAAAGACUGUGAAUCAGCUGGCCCAUGCUCUUCACCAGGAUGAGGACCUUGAUGCCGGCAGUUUGGUCUGUGUCAUGUGGCCCAAAGCUAAGUGUGCUCUGCUCAGGGACGAUCUGGUGUUGGUGGACAGCCCAGGAAUCGAUGUUACCACAGAACUCGACAGCUGGAUCGACAAGUUCUGCCUGGAUGCGGAUGUGUUUGUUCUGGUGGCCAACUCAGAGUCCACACUUAUGCAGACGGAAAAGUCCUUCUUUCACAAGGUCAAUGAGCGACUCUCCAGUCCAAAUAUUUUCAUCCUUAACAAUCGCUGGGAUGCCUCAGCCUCAGAACCUGAAUAUAUGGAAGAGGUCCGCAGGCAGCAUAUGGAACGAUGCACCAAUUUCCUGGUGGACGAGCUGGGUGUAGUAGACCGAGCCCAGGCUGGUGACCGCAUCUUCUUUGUUUCUGCCAAGGAAGUACUACAGGCUCGUGUGCAGAGGGCUCAAGGAAUGCCUGAAGCAGGUGGAGCUCUUGCAGAGGGUUUUCAAGCAAGAAUGUUUGAGUUCCAGAACUUUGAGAGGCGAUUUGAGGAGUGUAUCUCGCAGUCCGCGGUGAAGACGAAGUUUGAGCAGCACACUGUGAGGGCCAAACAGAUCUCUGAAGCCCUGCGCCGCAUUAUGGAUUCUGUACACAUUGCUGCACAAGAGCAGAGGGUUUACUGCCUUGAGACAAAAGAGGACCGCCAGGACCGAUUAGAGUUCAUUGACAAGCAGUUGGACCUGUUGACCAUGGACUGUAAGGCCAAGAUUAAGAAUAUUACCGAGGAAGUGGAGAGACAGGUAUCUAAUGCCAUGGCAGAGGAGAUCAGGAAGCUUCAUGUGCUCGUGGAUGACUUCCACAUGGACUUCCACCCAUCACCAGUGGUGCUCAAGGUCUACAAGAAUGAGCUCCACCGGCACAUAGAGGAGGGCCUGGGCAAGAACAUGUCAGAGAGGUGCUCCACCUCCAUCACCAGUGCCCUGCAGGGCACACAAACUGACAUGAUCGACGGUCUUAAGCCUCUGCUUCCCAGCCCAGUCAGAGAGCAGGUGGACAAGCUGGUUCCUCGUCAGUGCUUCAGCCUCAGUUAUGACCUGGCCUGCGACAAGCUUUGCAGUGACUUUCAGGAGGACAUCAGCUUCCACUUCUCUCUCGGCUGGACAAUGCUGGUCAACCGCUUCCUGGGACCCAAGAACACCCGGCGAGCCCUCAUGGGCUAUAACGACCAGGUCCCUCGGACCAUGGCCCUGACUCCAGUCAGCACCAGCAUGCCUCCAUUCCCACAAAGUUCCAUGACCCAGGAAGAGCUGAUGGUCUCCAUGGUGACGGGUCUUGCCUCCCUUACCUCCCGUACUUCUAUGGGCGUCCUGGUGGUUGGUGGCGUGAUCUGGAAGGCAGUGGGCUGGCGUCUGAUUGCCCUGUCAGUGGGUCUGUAUGGGCUCCUCUAUGUCUACGAGCGGGUCACGUGGACCACCAAGGCCAAGGAAAGGGCCUUCAAGAGACAAUUUGUGGACUACGCUAGUGAGAAGCUGCAACUCAUCGUCAGCUACACCGGAUCCAACUGUAGCCACCAAGUCCAGCAGGAGUUGGCCGGUGUGUUUGCUCAGCUCUGCCAGCAGGUAGAUGUCACCCGUCAGAACCUUGAGGAUGAGAUCACUGACAUGAACAGCAAGAUUGAGCUGCUGGACAGCCUGCAGAGCAAAGCGAAGUUGCUGCGGAACAAGGCAGGCUGGUUGGACAGUGAGCUCAACAUGUUCACCCAGCAGUACCUUCACCACAGCAAGUAAACCAGUUGGAGCAUCCAUGUGAGAGAAUGAAAACAACACCAGAGGAACAUCUGAGACAACAAUGUCCUCAAAAGAACAGGAGGAAGACAAGAGAUAGAUUGGAUGUCUGGUAUGAGUGGUAGGGGGGACUGGGAGGUUGUGGUGCGAUUCCUGAACAUGAGCUCAGCACAGAGUCCUGUGCUUAGCAGGUGACUUGUCACACUAAAACAAAAAAAUCAAAAACAGGAUCAGCUAUACAAUAGAAGCCAAAACAUGAAAAGCAGCCACAUCCGAAGUAGGCGUCCCCUCAGUGCAUCCCUGAUGCUCAUGUAUUUAGCACUUUCAUAUUCAGUUGAUAUGCAAAUGAGAAUGAACCUGAUAGAUCUGACUCCACAACAGAAAUACAGUCUGAGCUCUACAUCCUUACUAGCACUGUUGAGUGACUUGUACCACCUUUUGUCAGAAACCUCACAUUGUCCUGUUAUUAAGAUUCCAGUGAACUCUGUCACUUUGGCCUGUGUAGAUAUGAUUUUGUAUAUGCAGUUUGAACAUUGGACAAGUGCCAUCCUUAAGUAAAAGGCGGUCCAUGCAAGGGAAGGGAGUAGAAUAUUACAAUCCGCUGCAGACAUGUAAAGUAAUUGAUUGAGAUAUGUGUAUCAGCAUGUCAUCUUUUCACUGACAGAUGUCAGUAUUGACAUGCCAGAGAGGUUUGAGGUCAUUUUUGAUUAGUGUUGCUAUUACAGAGUGCGUCCACCAGAAAGCGCUGCAGUCAUAUUUACACUGUAAAAUUUCCCACACUGGAGUAUCCUGGGCACUGUUCUUUAAUAAUCACAUUCAAGGGAUUCUUAUCAGAACAAAACAUAAACUGAUCUAUCAUUAUCAGACUUAUUUCUCUUGAUGAAUAACUGCUAACAAAGCACCAUUUCUAUCUUGAUGAACAUCUGUCAUUGAUUUUGAAGAUUUAUUGUCAAGAAUUUAUAAGCAAAGUUUUCACCAGCAGUAACUCAAAGGAAAAAUAAAACAGAAAUGUUUUAUGUGGCUAUCCCAAUCAGUGCUGUUGGUAAAUGUAGUAACUUGAAAUCCUCAGUAUGGUGUCUUGACAGAGAAACUUGGGUUAUCUGAAUUUUUCUUUCACACAGCGCUGUGCACACCUGCUCAGCUUGUGGAGGUGGCCAUUUUAAAUGAAGUUUCAAGUGAAGUUAGCUUUGUCAUUGCCAGUAAAGGGGAAGAAGUAGAACUUAUGGGUCUAGAACAUAUUUGACAUUUAUCUAGUCCUGCAGGUAGAAUAUUCAUGUACCCUAUUAAGUAAAUGAAAAGAGAAAAAAUAUGAAUUUGUAAUUUUCACAGCAGGUAUGUUGUAAAACUUUGAAUGAAGACAACAAAAACAAUGAUAUGGAAGACAGCCGAGUGGACCAAUGAACUAAUAACCAUUCACUGAUCACAUGGCUACAGUCAAAUUAUUGGUCAUUUCAAGCAACACUAAAUACAACAAGAGGAAAGAUGCAUCAACUGGGUUCCCAACCUGAUCACUUUAGUGCAUUAUUUGGUGGUAUCAACAAUGAUUAAAAGAAUGGCACUUAUAAACUUUCAACUCGAACGUCGCUUCAGGGCUAUUAUAUGCCAGGUUUAAUGGCUGUGGUCCAUCUGCUAUGAAGAAGAGCCUCAUGGAAGUUAUCCAUUCAUAAAUAAGCAAAAGUCGCUGAAGCAAGUCAUUUGGCUUUUUCUAAACCUAACAGGGAAAUUGUAUGCCCACAUGUUUUCUAAAUCUAUUUUCAUGUUAUAAAUCACAAAUAGUUUUUCCUCAUUUUUGUGAUAAUAUUUCUUGGCAAAAGGGAAAAUCACCUUAAUGGGCAUUUCCAGCACUAGCCUACCAUUUCCCAGAAUUAAGCGUCAUACAGUACGCAUUAAUAGCUAUGCCUACAUUUAAUGAAUUCUUAAUGGCUUCAGUUCUUUCUGCAUUGCUUUAGCCAAUUUCUAACCAUGUAUCACCUCACACAUUGUUGCUGUGUAUCACUGCCCAAGCCUGUAGCUAGAAGCACCUCUAUGCAACAGGAGUAAAACUCCAUGCAACGCACAUGGGCUGUGUCAGGGUGGAUGUCGGCGACAGCAUCAAACAAAAACUGCCCGCUGAAAUAACUUGCAGCAGAAAUAUUCAGUUUCUGCUGGUAUGGUAUAAAUAUUCAAUAUUCAGUUUCUGCUGGUAUUGGAGGGCGAUGUGAGCAAAGUUGGCCAUGGACACGAGACAUCACUGCAGCCCAUUUAGAGGUGGGGUGGAUGUGCCAUGGCUCCACUCAGAAGUCCAUCUCGGGCACUGCUCAGCUCAACUCAGCACGGUGAAACUGGUAAUGGAAAAGCAAAUCAGUGCUCCACAGUCUGAUGUGGCCUAAAAGUGCCAGUAAAAAAGCCCCACACUAUUGGUUGGAAUCUGCUCUUACACUUGAUUAAUGCUGUUCAGAAGGAAUUUCAUAUGGGACAAACUGGGAACUACUUUAUUAUAAGAUUUUGUAGUUCAACUCACAAUCCAGAUUUUCUCACUAUUCUCCAAUAGCAUCUCAAACUACAGUACCCAGUCCAAGCUCCAAUCCAAUAACAGUAUUGGAUCGUAACACAGACUUUAUUCAUUUACUUACUGAAUAUUGCACUGAUUUCAUGAUCCAGAUUCAGCAUGUUGGGUUGAUUGUCAACUACUACUACAUUCUUUUAUUAUAUUAUUGUAUCACUUUUGAACCCAUGCAUAGCAAUCUACUAUAAGUAGUUUGUGAUGCAUUGUUGCACACUUGAUUUGUUCAAGUUUGUAAAACAUUAUAAUGAUUUUACAAAAGCAAUCUGCUCCUACCUAUCUAGAGUUGUAACAACUAAACUGAACUCAAUUCAAAUUCAAUCCAAAUUCAGGUAUUGGGAUCGGGUGGGAACUGAAAAGUUGAUCAGUGCAUCUCUAACUCAGACCUUCUCUUCUCUAAUAUUGUCUUCCAUACAUAUCUAAUGAUCUUUCCUUCCCCAAACCAAAAUUUUUGACACCAGUGUUGAGAUGGUAGCACUGUCGAUGGUUGUCCCAGUGUCUAGUGUAUGCUCGUGACAUAUUUGUCUUGCACUGAAUGCAUAUGAUGGCCGGACUUACUGCACAACUGUCUCUCUGUCAACAUUGCAUAUGAUAAGACUUUCAAAGGAGGAGGCGGGAAUCCAGAUUACAUACUAUGAUGAGAUGUAAUAAGGGUGGCCAAAUAUCUUGGUUUCUAAACUGUGUGUAUAAUGGAACAAUUUGCCUUUCAAUUGGAAAUUGCUGAAAGAGACAAAGCCACGUAAGUGUGGAUGUGCCUGGAUUUGUCCAGCAUGUUGAAGUCUUGGUUGAUUUGGGCCAUGCUGUAAAUAAAAGCCAUACACUGUGUGUUGCCAAGUGAGCAGGGAGGCUGCUGUACCACACUUCCCUUAGAGUGAAGUCAUGCACUUUAUCAGUUUGCUGCUUUUUUUGUUUGAUUUUAUUUUUCCUAAAUAAAGGUUGUUUCCCCCCAAAUCUAAGUAGUAUUUGGCUUCAGGAAGGUGAAAGUACUUGCAUGUCGUGAUUGUUAUACUAGUGUGUUGCCCUGUUAAAAUGGUCAAACAUCCAUAUGUAUGUAAAAAUAAAUAAAAGGUGAAACAAUGCUUAAAAA